AUGUAUGGCAUAUAUUUACAUACAUUGACCCCAACCUUCCAUUUUCAACCACUGACCUCAUCGGUCUUUGUAUGGUCCGAUCUGGGACCACAGCCCAACGGGCUGAACGGCGUGAGGCCUCGACGGGCCGAACGUGUUCGGAAGCAGAUCUCCGCCGCGAGGUACAGCUAUGAGACAUGGUUGACCGUGACCCUGUCUCAACUGCACAUCCCUCACAAGGUACAGCAAGUCUUGGGCUGCCAUCGUGUGCCAAUUGUCUUCAAGAAGCAGAUGCACUUCAUUGACGUGCUCAGCUUGGAGGAUCUCACCUCGCCCGCGCAGCGCCUCACCGGUUCCGCCGAGCUGCGACGGCGUCAGUUGAUGCAAAUGGGCUGGGCCAUGCACAGCAUCCGUUUGCCGGAGCUUUACGAAGCAGUGAGGACUGGUACCUUGAGGCUCGUGGUCUCCAAGCUGAUCUCUUCGUUAGAUCCCGCAGCCGCGCACACGGGCUUCGCCGAGCCAUUGCAAAGCCAGAAGGCGUCGCGACCCAUCCGAGUGCUGAACCCGUCGCGUCGACGCCGCAGUCCGGAGCAGGAUGAGUUCAGAGAUGAUUUGGAGGACGGCUUAAGUGUCCACGGCGAUCCGCGGAUGGUGGGGCGCCUAAAGGCAACUGCUUUCGGUGCCGUGUUGGUGGCCAACAACUUUCAGAGAUAUCCAGGGUACCAGGGAAGCUUAGAGGUGGAAGGCAGCGUGAAUAUCUCCAAGGCAGGCUUUGGAAUCCAGGUCGUAUCUUACGCAUUGACUGGCGUUGAUCCAGUGUGUGGGCAAAGUAACACGUCGCAAACACCAAAUGCCUGCGGCAUCCAUGUGCACAGUGGCAACACAUGCGAAGACGCUGGAGGUCAUUUCUUCAACGACUCCGUCGGUUUAGACCCAUGGAGUCUCGGACCCAUCUAUAAUGCCUCCUCACCCUCUGCCCAAGUGUCCAUUGCGACGGGCAUAAGCAUCCGUGAGAUGGGCGGGAAGGUGCUGGUGGUCCACGAUUCCUCUGGUGGCCGUGUGGCCUGUUCCUCAUUCCAGCCGCAUGGCGAUCUGGCUUUCUGGCAUCUGGGUGGUUGCUACACCGAACAGGACUGGCGUAGUCAGUCAUGGCUGAACUUCACUGGUGCCUUCAGGCGCUGUGGGCCCUCGGCGGUGUGUGUGGCCGAGCACGAGAUGUGCACGGAGGGCUGUUUCGCGGACGAGCAGUGCGAGAUGUUCCCCAUGCGGAUCUGUGACUCCCAGCUGUCUCGAUGCAAACACAAGCCGCUCUUUGGUGCAGCAUCUGGUGCAGAUGUGGCGGCAGCCAUCAUUUUUUUCCUCAUCAGUGGCCUCGCCCUGAGCGCGGGUAUUGGUGGUGGUGGCUUGUAUGUGCCACUCUUGAUGGUGCUUCUAGGUUUUCAAAUUCACGAAGCCACUGGACUCUCCCAGUCUUGCUUGGCUGGAGGAGCCAGCAGCGCCCUGAUUUACAACCUGCGGCAGCGGCAUCCAUCAGGGCAAAAGCCGAUGAUUGAUUACGACUUGGUGCUCAUCAUGGGCCCGAACCUGCUUCUGGGCGCCAUGGUCGGUAGUUUCUUGAACUUUGCUUUGCCCUCCUGGCUGAUCCUUUUGCUCCUGAUUACCAUUCUGGUGCAUUCCGUCUUCAAGACCUUCAAGAAGGCGCUGCAGACCUUGCGGAAGGAGCGCGAGGGGCACGUGGCCGGACUGAAGCCUGGUAGCGAUGCCCGGCUUUCCAAGAACCCUGUGGAGCGAUGUUUAAGGCUGAUCGGCUUGGGCAAGCGCUACGCGGAGUUCGAGGAGAGAGCGCCCAAUGCUGAACGACCCAGUGUCGUGGGACGAAGCGUGGAUGCAGGGGAUGUGAAGCUGGAGUUAGACCUCGGCGCAGGCACAGUCGCUACCAAGCCGGUGGAGUUGACGCCCAGCGAUCAAGUGUCCGUGCAAAGCCUGCAAAGCGUCCACAGUGAGCCGCAGUAUCCAAAGGGAAAGCUGGCAGGAUUCUUGCUGAUGUGGCUGGUCGUGGUGGUCAGCAUCCUUUUCCGCGGGGGCCAUGCUGCCCCUGGGAUCGUCUCCAUGUGUUCUCCGAUGUAUUGGGCUUUUGCGUUGGCGACGGCCAUCAUCUUGCUUUUACUCAGUGCAGCCUCCUCUUGUAUGGCUGGGCAGGAUGCAGUACAAGCAGAUGGCAGCCUUCAGUGGACGUUGAAGACGUCUCUCUAUGUCUCUGUUUGGUCGCUCCUCGCUGGCACCAUGGCUGCACUUUGUGGCAUUGGUGGUGGCAUGAUCAUGGGUCCAAAGCUCUUAGACUUGGGCUGUUUGCCACAGGUCCAAAGUGCAACGACUGCCACCACAUUGUUUGUGAUGUCCACCUCUACUGCCAUUGCCUUCUUGGUACAAGGCAGUGCAACUUUGGAUUACUCACUCUGGCUUGGCUUUGCCACUGCUCUUGGGGCGGUGGUGGGCAAGGCGGUGGUGGGCUGGGUGGUGAAGCGAACCCAACGGCCCUCAGUCAUCAUGUUCUUGCUGGGCGGCAUCAUUGCCCUCUCAGUUGUUGUCAUGUCCAUCACAGGCUUUAUCGACGUGGUGGAUGACCUGGUGCAAGGCAAUGACCUUGGCUUCCGAGAUCCUUGCGUGGCCCUUCAGCACUCCUAA